AUGCUUAUUUAUGACGAUAACGGUUAUACCGUUGUUGCUUCAGGUAUGGAGGAUGGUAACAAGCAAGAGCAGGUUGAUGGAAAUCUUUCCGAGGAUAAAAGUUCCAUGCCUUCACAUAAACAGGAGGAGGAAGCCGUAAAAAAGAGAUACGGAGGAAUCAUGCCUAAGAAACCACCUCUCAUUUCUAAGGACCAUGAACGUGCAUACUUUGAUUCUGCUGAUUGGGCACUUGGAAAGCAAGGUGUUGAGAAGCCCAAAGGACCACUUGAAGCCCUUCGGCCUAAAUUACAGCCCACACAACAGCAAACGCGAUACCGGAAGUCUCCUUAUGCCCCAGCAGAUGGCGAAGAUGGAGGAAGUGCUCCAUCUGAGGAUGCAACUGCUAAUGAAUGA